AUGAGCGAGAAACAUCAGGUGUCAAAUGGUGCUGCUACAAUUGGAGCGUCACCGGGUCAGCGCCACGCGUCUAUAGUUGAGAUGUUAUCAACCCCUCCUCCCCCUGCUAAUGUGUUGGGAGGGUGGACGCCCUUAGUUGAGGAACAACAAGCAAAUAGUCAACACCAUCAGCAAAGUAAUCAGCAGAACCAGCAACUAAAAUAUAAUUAUCUAUCGGCUACUUCAUCGCAAGAAAGACUGCGAUCUCGCCAGAAUAGUAUUUCAUCUUCAGAAUCGCAAGUAUCUUCAACAACAGCUUGUUUAACUAAUAUACACGUGCAAUGGCAAAAUAUAGAGCUAUCGCAACUUGUUGAGCAGAAUAAACUGGUAUACGUGAAUGCGGAAGUAUCAGUAGAAGAGGCAUUUAAUAAGCUUGUGGAACAUAACUUGACGUCUGUGCCUGUAGAGCGUUUUCCAGGUGAUAUGGAGUGUGUUACAUUUGAUUACAAUGAUCUAAAUUCGUACUUGUUGCUGGUGCUUGGGAAGAUCAGUGUUGACGAUGUGGAGGUCACGAAGAAGUGCCAGUCGGGCCAGCCUGUUCCGGUGGGCCGUAUUGUAAUGCUAACGCCUAAGAAUCCGUUCCACAAGGUUCCUGAAAACGAGAACUUGUCUACGGUUAUGGGGAUUUUGGGAUCAGGCGUCCACCGUGUAGCUAUAACGGACCCGCAGGGGACCACGGUGCGUGGCAUCCUGUCGCAGCGCCGUCUUGUGCGUUACCUCUGGGAUAAUGCGCGGCUAUUUAGCAACCUCGAUACGCUGCUCAACUCAUCUCUUCAGUGUCUCGGCAUUGGCGUAUUAGACCGCCACAUGCCACCGACCUCUCGACAGUCCCGUGUGAUAUCUGUUUUAGACCACGAGCCGCUUGUUAUGGCUCUUUACAAGAUGCAUAAAGAGCGCAUCUCGUCUAUCGCUGUCAUCAAUAGCCAGGGCAUGCUACUGGGAAAUAUUUCAGUAGCAGAUGUAAGGCACGUGACCCACACGUCGCAAUAUCCGUUGCUGCACAACACAUGCAGGCAUUUUAUCAGUGUUAUAUUAAACAACCGAGGUUUGGAGAUGGGUAAGGACUCCUUCCCCAUUUUCCACGUGUAUCCUACGUCCUCGUUAGCGCGCACAAUUGCGAAGCUUGUGGCAACCAAGGCACAUAGAUUGUGGAUAGUACAACCUGCUGAGCAAACGCUCCCAACACCUUUGAGUGCCUCUUCUUCAGGUGAGGCCCUUGAAUUCAGUCCCAGAAAUAUAGCACCUGCGUCUGGAACUUCUCCUGUGCUUGCAGCACAAGUUGGCAGUCUGGAACCCGAAUUUGGCAAAGGCUACCUUGUUGGUGUGGUCUCACUAACAGACAUAUUAAGUUUACUAGCUCGCAAGCAUACAGAGAAUAAGCAGGUGGACCCCCUUUCUGCUAGAAGACAGAGGGGAAUACCCAGAUAA